AUGGUUCUCCUUACUUCAUCAACGGUCUCCGCCAUCGUGUCGUUUGGGGUAAUCUGCAUCUUCUCGCUGAUGCUAUUUUUGGCGGGUUACGUGGUCCAACAACAAUCAGUGAAGAACAUUCAGCAUGCUUUGCGUCCACCAGUACCCCAUGGAAGAGGAUCCACAUUCCAGAGUCCCGCACAAAAACGCGGUUUAUCAGAUCUAGAUUUAGGGGCUGGAGAUCCCCGUCCAAGCUCAGGGGGAAACUACGCAUAUCUACAAUUGCUUGCUAGUCCAGACCCUUCUGACAUCUGCUCCUCUAUUCUUUUCUUCAAACAACUUGCUCUCAACGGCAGUGCCAUCCAGGACCGACUGUUCAUGUAUCCCGAGGAAUGGGACCGAAUGUCGGCGAAAGAACUUGGCAAGCCUGCUAUGACGGCCCUAUCCUUUCUACGCGAUGCCAGUAGAAAAUAUGGUAUCUGGCUCCUGCCAAUUGACAUGACGGCAGCGUCGUCAAAGGGCUAUUCGACAACAGACACCAAAUUACUACGAUUAGGCCAAAUUCAAUUUAUGCAAUACGACAGUGUAUUGUAUCUGCCAUCACGUGGUAUGAUUCUGGACACAAGGAAACUAGACGAUAUCCUUUUGUCGCAAGCAUUGCCACUUGUGUAUGACCAAAGCCGUCCUGAUUCCUACGAUAAUUUGGCGUGGACGCCGAUGACUCUUCGUCCAGACCGCGAUGCCAACUUGCCCCCUGUCUAUUUGAUAACGGUGAAUAAUGUCGGAAGCGGAAAUGUUCAAGCUCGGACGCAUGUGCCCAGCUCCAACCUGCCCGAGUUUCAAGCUCUUGUUCGGGGUUCGGAGAAGAUCAUUUCUCAAGACGAGGGUGAAGUCGUUGAACCACCAGCUUAUAUCUACUUUGAAAGUGAUCGUCCAGGGUAUGAGUUGGAGCAAAGCUCGUAUUAUCAAUCUUGGCGGGCGCAAAGGCGUGAUGUCUGCGAAGGUUUGGACUUGGACGAUGUUUCCUACCGUGACGAGCAAUGA